AUGUCAGAUUUCGGCGUGUACGUACCGCGGCAAAGCUACUCGGGACACAAGGUUCUGUCGCUUAUCGCGUUUGACGACGAGGACCUCACAGAGGAGCAUUGGCAACGCGGCGUCACCGAUAACUACCUCCUCCACAGAUAUUCCACCGACAAUAUCUUCCAUUCCCCACCCCCGGCCAUCUCCCCCGCCCUCGACGAAGAACUCUACCGCUCCCGCGGUCUUGAUCCAGCAUGGGGUCCCGUCCCCGAAAUGUUGGGGUCGUGUGUCGGCGAUAUCGAGCCCAUACCCGACCAAAAUUGGAUCAACCUAAACAAACGUGUCCGGUUCUUGCAGGAUCAAUCGUGCGCUGUGGCCAAGAUCUUGUGUUUCCCAAAUGUAGAGAGGGGAAGACCAGGGCCGGUUAUCUAUGCGCUGUGUGCCGGUAAGGCGGAGAUGGAGUUCUUGGGCUUGGGGAAAGUGAAGGAGGACGUGUUACGGUCGAUGAAGGAUCGCGAGGAUGAGGAUCAAUUAUGUGAGCGGAUGCGACUGUUGGGGGCGCCAGAGUUCGAUGGGUACUUUGAUAUGGAACCGUAUGGUGCUAUGAUCUUGUGGAGAGGUGAGCCUCAUAAUAUGUGCGAUCGACAAGAUUAUGGGCGCAGUGGGGUUAUGUUGUUUGGAUGGCCCAAGUCUGGGGUGGGGGUUUGGGUUCUGAAGCUGGAUUGGCGAGGGCUGGACGAGGUGGGCGGCAUGGAGAGGCUACGGAACGAGACCAAUGUCGAUAUGGAAACUCAGUCUCGCAUGAUUGAGCAGCUAGGGGGAAGCUUUUACGCGGAUCCGGCCCAGUGUCCGGAACUUGACUUCCUCCGGGGUCCAAGGUUUGCGCUUGCGGUCGUCGAGGGAGAGGAUCUCAACUGA